UAUGGACGUAGUCUUUAUGAAACCAAGCGAUAUCAGAUUCUCAAAAGAAUUUAUUCCAGCAAGAUUUUCUAAUUGUGAAGAAAUAAACGGAGUUAUCGCAAAGUUAACUUUACAUCCAAAGUUAUUAAAUACAAUUCCUAUGAUUGUGGUUUCGAACCGAAACAACGGUGAAUGGCAUUCCCAGAACAAUAGAAGAUUGUAUAUGUUUCGUGUGCUUGAAAGAAAUGGAAUUCUAGAUAAAAUACAGGUGGAAAUCUCGAAUCGAAUAAUUGUUCCAUUCACUCGAGACGACGGUUGUCACGUCAUAAUGAUUGGACAAUCGAAGGCACUCAAACAUUGCGAUUGUGAAUUUUGAACAUUGUUUGUUAUGACGUCACUUCGUUUAUUAUUGUUGUACUUCUGGUCUAUCUAUGACUUCA